CAGCCUUCCAAUCUUCCAAAUCUACGCCGCCUGUUCGUCGAGGCUCGUACUGAAGCAGAGGAAAGCGCAUAUUCAAGAAAUGCUUUCUACAACUUGGUUUUGUUCAUCUCUUCGGUCGCUGCUUUCAGCAUAGUCGCUCAACGAUCAACUGCUCAGCGAUGA